AGCGUUUUUCUGCAAACCCAAACGCGAUUCCCACCGAUUUUGAAAUAUCUGGGGCUUUUUUUAGGGUUUUUUCUGCUGCUUCUGAUCAAGAUCCUGUCAUCCAUGGAAUUCCUGAAUCCCUUCAACCUCUCUCCAAAUCUCUUAUCCUUCCUCAAUGAGCAUUUCAAGACCCGCGAAGAUCUGUCUAGGGUUCCAGCUCUCGUGUCAAAAUUGAAGGGAGAUUGUGUGGAUUUGGAUCGAAGCCUCAUAAGCCUGCAGAAGAAGCUGUCGUCGACCGUCGACGCUUGGAUUUCCCGAUCCAGUGGCAUCGAAUCUAGUCUUCGUCAGAUCAAUCGCGGGCUGGAAAGCUUCGAUCUUUGCCUCUCUCGAGGCAAGAAGGGGAAGAUGAGUUUGAGGAAAAUACGAAAGAUUUUACAUGAGGAAUUGCCUUUGCUUGCAAAGGAAAUGGUUCAGAUUGAGACAAUCCGUGUUUAUGCCGAGACAACUCUGCAGCUGGAAGCUCUAGUUGGAGAUCUUGAAGAUGCAGUUUUUGCUGUUGUUAGUCAAAGAUCGAGGACUAUUUUCACAUUGAAUCUUUCAAAUGCAUUGAAUCCAACUGAUUUCCAAUUGAAGCAAGAAAAGCUGCUGCUUGCCAUAAAAGUUAUGAAGGAGAUAGAGGAAGUUUUAGUAAAUGUUGUGAAAUCCAUGCCAAAGUGGAGUCAUCUUCUCAAGGCUGUCGAUUCCAGAGUGGACAAAAGUUUGUCUAUUCUCCGGCCACAAGCUCUUGCAGACCAUCGAUCGCUACUUGCAUCUCUCAGAUGGCCACCUCCCCUUUCGACAUCAAGCCUGGACAAGGCAGAAAGCUUGGAAGUUCCAAACCCACUGCUGCUGAUGCAUGGAGAUAAGAAGGAAAGGUAUACCCAGAGCUUCCUAACGCUCUGUGCUUUGCAGCAUUUUCAGGCUCAGAGGGAAUUGAGACAGCAGGAUCUUUUUAGAUGCAAGAAUGGGCAUUCAGAUUCCGCAGAACCAUACAACAAUCUGGGCCUUGAUUGCAGUCUUUGGACCAUUGAUGAGCUAGUUUCUCCUAUCGCAUCGAGAACAGAACACCAUUUUUCAAGAUGGUCCGAUCAACCUAAGUUCAUGUUCGCUCUCGUCUAUAAGAUUACUCGGGAUUUCAUAGGAGUGGAUGAUGUUUUGCAACCUCUAAUUGAUAAAGCAAGGCUUGUGGGCUACAGCGCUAGGGAAGCUUGGGUAUCGGCUAUGGUGAAAAUACUUUCCGGGUACCUAUCGAAGAGGAUCUUUUCCGUUCUUGCUGAAAGAUAUCAUAAUCGGAACAGGAAUUCAGAAACUGUUUCUUCAUGGCUUCAUCUAGUUGACCUCAUCAUUUCUUUCGAUAAGCAGAUGCAAGUGCUUGCAAGUUCCGGAACGCGUCUUUUUGUUGGGGAGUCUACUGGAUUUGGUGGUUUCUCAAGAGGGUUAUCAGUGCUGUCAAUAUUCUGUGAUCGGCCUGAAUGGCUAGACAUAUGGGCCGCAAUAGAGCUAAAGGACGCCGAGGAAAAGCUAAAAACUGAGCUGGCAGACGACAAAGCAUGGACGGUCAUUAUAAAAAAAGAGGCCGAGUUUGUCCAUGAUACAGAAACCGAGUCAUUUCUUCUCUCCACCAGAGAAGACUAUAAAGCUCCAUUGAUCGUAGAGUCCGUUGUUCGAAUUGCAUGGACCAUGAUAGAAAGAUGCCGAAUGCUGCCAAGCAUCUUAAUGCGAGUGUGCUUUAUCAGGUCAUCCGUGUCUAGAUUUCUAUGGUGGUUUUUCAGACUGUUGCUUCACAGCUGUCAGGAACUAGAAUCCUCAACUGCCUAUGUAGACGACGAUGCCUUACUGAGAAUUGCCAGUUCAAUCAAUGCGGCCCGCUACUGUGAAUCCGUCCUGCGGGAAUGGAGCGAGGGUAUCGAUUUCCUGGAGAUGAGAAUCGCCGAAGGCCGUGCUUUGCGCGGGAUAGAAGAUGACCCGGAUUGGCAAACCUUUUUUGUAGGCGAAAUAAACACGUUGAUGAAGUUGGAGACUGAAUGGGUUGAGGAGAUAUUGGCUUAUAUCCUGCGGCAAUUUAACAUUCUAUGCUGGGAUUACAUCCAGAACGGAAACCAAUGGGAGCAAGAAGAAGAACAAGAAGAAUCUGGUUUUGAUGCAGCUGUAUCUGUCGAGCUUGUCGAGGCAUUGGACGCUUUGCGAGAUAGGCUUCGUGUAUUGAAAAUGGGUUUGAAUUCUAAGGAUUUCUUGGACUUAUGGAGAAGUGUGGCAGGUGGGCUCGACCAUUUUAUGUUCAGCAGUGUCCUGCUGAGCGGUGCGGAAUUUUCAGGCCGUGGGAUCAGACGGUUUAGAGCUGAUGUGCGGGCACUGUUCCUUGUUUUCCAGCCCUUUUGUGCCCGGCCGGAAGCCUUUUUUCCAUGCAUAAGCAAUUCAAUGAAGCUGUUAGAAAUGGGGUGGGGAGAUGUGAAGCAGUUGAUGGGAGUCUUAUCAAAAGGUGAAAGGAGAAUAGAAUGCUUGCAAAUGCAUGGAGUGUUCCAUGUAUCUCCUGCCCAAGUUGAGAAGAUUUUGAGGAAUAGGAAGUUUGGCGGGUGAUCUUGCAAUAGGCCCCGGCUGGUCCAUCGGUCUUCCAAUCCUUGUCCUAUAUGUGUUUACUUUUUGGCUCGAGCCACCCAUGGUCAGGUAUGGGCCUGAUUUCAAAGGCCAAUUAAUAAAAGGGACACGAUCAGGAGCUACAGGUACCACCAUAAGCGUAGGUGCAGGGGCCCAUGCGAUGUGUUUACUUCAAUGCGCCUAUCAGACGAGUCACCUCAGAAAAUUCAUAGGACCAAUCCAAAACUAUACUUCAGACCAACCCAAAAAUAACAUGGGCCACAACACUUACUGGUGAGCUCACACCAGAUGCGACUCAACUCGCACAUUGUGAUUAAUCUAGUGGUUGUGAUAUACAUGAUCAUCGCAUGGGUUCUCCCUUGACCA